AUGGAUUAUUUGUGGAUGAGGGGCGGCAGUUCGAACACGUGGAUAUCAUUGGAUAACAUAAUGGAUUUCGAUUGCAUUCAUAUCGAUCUGGCAUCUUUUUCGUUCACAUCAUAUGAUAUGAAUCGAUAUCUGAAAGCAUGGAUAAACGGAUGUAACGCUAGAAUGGAAUAUCUUUUUUUGGGUCUUAGAUCUUUAGAUCAUAAUGUUUUGACUGACGGAAUGCACGCCGAGGAAAAUGAUGCUUCGACUGUUAGGAUUUAUAGCCACCAAAGACUCGAAAUUCCUUGUGUUUUUGAAGGAGGAACAAACAUUCGUAGAAAAGAUGGAAGAUUGGCAACGUUUCAACAAAUCAUUGGUGAUGUUGGUUCAGUACAAAGGUUUCCGUUCAAAAUGGUUGUAUGGCCAGAGGGAUUUUAA